GUCAACAUAACUGUUUGACUCUAUGACCUGUUUUUGUCUAAUUCAAGAAAAAAUUGUUUAGUCAAAUAAAUCAAAAUAUUUUUUUCUUUUACUUUUUGACAGAACAUAAAAAAGAACAACAAAUAUAGUAUAAACGUAUCCAGUUGUUUUACGCUGUUUGAUACGGGAGAUAUUUUUGUAAGUUUAACAUGAACUUUCACAGACAUUAGUUAAGUCGAAAUAAAUUUUAUAUAAUAUUUAAAUUGUUUUCAAAAUCUAAGUAACAAAUUCAGAAUUAAUUCUGCUCUAAAAAAUCCUAAAAAACAGAAUUAGGCAAAACAAUGCAGCAAAUAGUUAAGUUAUAUGUUAUUUACAGUCUUUGCCGAAAACCACUAAAAGUAGCAAUUAGUCAGAACAAAACUCCAACGAAACGUCGCUAUUAAAGACACCAAACACAUUAAAAACGAAAUAAAGACACAGAGCGGUGGUGUAGCAUGCACAUUUAAUAUGACUCCAUUCAACCACAACUUUCCUUCCUCUGCAAUUUCAUAUCAUAAAACGUAUAUCAAUAAAACUAUUUAAUUUGAGUUUUUCCGUAUGUAGCCAGUGCAAAAAGCGAUUAUAAAUCGUUUGUCUGGGGUGAAACCCUCCGCCGCGAACCGUAAAAUUAACCACUUAGCAUCAUCGACAGCUUCGUCCUCUGAAGUCGAUAAUCUGCUGCCGAUGUAGACUUUUCCUCCUACGGAGUCAAUUUUCCCUUUGUUGAAUCAAUAAAAUAAAACAUACUUACCUUCCAGCAGGACGAGAUUACAGUCACGCAUCAUCUUUAUUUUGAGGACACAAUUUUAAAUUAGUCUGUAGCUGAUGAGCAGCGUGACGCAGGGAUGGCGGCGUCGCAUCCCAACAAUCAUGCCGCCAAAUUAAACAGAACAUUUCUUAAGAAAUGUAAAGAAAGCACUUGGAAGGGAUCAAGACGUCCCUCUAUUUCAUGACUACCAGUUAGAUGCCUGUGCCCUACCUGGCAACAUGUCAGUGCUGUGAUCAACACAACUGGAAUAACACGGGCUAUUGUUUUAAAUCUAUAAAAAUUUCCUUUUUGGAAAUACACUGCAUCGAUUUGAGCUUUCCGGGAACUCCCUUCAGAUUCUUAACACUUGAUAUUUGGAAAAAGAACUCAGGUGGACACAGUUGAAAAAGGAGGCAAGCCAAUCAGAGUGCUCCUUCCCCCUUUGGCCAAUGACAGACGCCACAUUGUUGUCAAAUUUGUCUAAUGAAAACGUAGGAGCAACAAUAGAGAGGGGAGAGAGGGAUCUGUAUCCACUCACAAUCUCAGGAGGAAGUUAGUGUCUCAGGCUGCGGCGAGUGGCAACCUCGGCUCCUCCUGCGCAUUUUCCUCCUUUUAGCCGCAGGAAUGAGCUCUCCUCUCGGCUCCUGCUCCGUUCGGACCUAAAAUCGACUGUAUCGGUGCCCGUUUUGCGUCUUCGACAGCCUCGGACAGUUUCUUUCACGCGCCCGUCGCUGCUGUUUUGGCUGAUUCGAGCAGACGAGCGCCACUGCCUUCACCUGUUGCCCAGCGAUGUUUGGAGGCGCCGAGCGGAUGUGAUCGUCCCGCCGCAGUUUGUAGCGAAGCAGAUCGUUCAGAUAACGCCGCGGUUUUCGUUUCCUUUCGGCCUUCGGCGCAGUUACACCCGAGAGUCCCACGGGCAUGGAUCUGAGACCGGAGCUCCCCACGGCGUCGUCCGCCUCUCAAGUCCACGCCGGGGCCGCGGCCGCCGCCGCCGCAGCCUCCAUCCCCGUGUCCAUGGCCGGCAACCUGCUGCGCGGCCCGCCGCUCCUCCUGCGCGCCGCGGACAAGUACCCGCGCACCCCGAAGUGCGCGCGCUGCCGGAACCACGGCGUGGUGUCGGCGCUGAAGGGCCACAAGCGCUACUGCCGCUGGAAGGACUGCAUGUGCGCCAAGUGCACCCUGAUCGCGGAGCGGCAGCGGGUGAUGGCGGCCCAGGUGGCUCUGCGGCGGCAGCAGGCGCAGGAGGAGAACGAGGCCCGGGAGCUGCAGCUGCUCUACGGCACCGCGGAGGGGCUGGCACUGGCCGCCGCCAACGGCAUCAUCCCGCCGCGGCCGAACUACGAGGUGUUCGGCUCCGUGAACGGCGAGAGCAACUCGGAUUCAAAUAUCCAGAAGUAUGAGCUCUUUCCAAAAACCCCGCUGUCCGGGUCCGGCACCUCCCAACAGCCUGCGGGGAAACCAGCGUCCACCGAGAGCGACUCGGCCCCGGGCAUCUCGUCUCCAGACGCCCGACACGGGGGUUCGGGUUCGGAGAACGGGGACAGCGAGUCGUUCAUCAGUUCGCCCGUGCCCAAGCCCUUAAAGGACGGAGGAGAGACUCCUGGGUCCGUCAGCUCCAUCGGUUCCGAUUCCGGCUCAGAGACCGACAAAGACGAGCCGGAGCCCUCCCCGUCCUCCGCGGCCUCCCGGCACAUGAACGCCAUCGACAUCCUGACCCGCGUGUUCCCCAGCCACAAGCGCAGCGUCCUGGAGCUCGUGCUGCAGGGCUGCGGCAAAGACGUGGUGCAGGCCAUCGAGCAGAUCCUCAACAACAGCGGCGCCCACGGCUCCAACAAGGCCGGGCCGGACGAGCCGUGGACGGCGGAGAGGAUGCUCCAGAACGCCCAGCAGCAGCAGCAGCAGCAGCAGCCGCCGCCGUCCUCCGCGUCCGCCGCCACCACGCCCACGAGACCCCUGCUGCCCGGGGCCAUGACGCUGAGCAACCGCUCCGCGUUCUCGCCCCUGCAGCCCAACGCCGCGCACUUCGGCGCCGACCCCAGCGCGUACCCGCUGGGCGCCCCGCUGGGACUGAACCCGCUGCGGCUGGCCUACUCGGCGCACAGCCGCGGACUGGCCUUCAUGACGCCCUACUCCACCACCGGGCUCAUGCCCACGCUGGGCUUCCGACCCCCGAUGGACUAUGCCUUCAGCGACCUAAUACGGGACAGGACGAUGCUGCACAAGGAGCAGGGCUACGCCGGCGGCCUGUACGGGCCGCUGGUCAACAACACGCCGGACAAGCAGUGAGGCCGGAGCGGGAGCAGAGACACAUUCCGUUGUAUUUGUAGCCACAAGUGUUGAAUGUUCUGGCAAAAAUCGGUGAUAUGUUUUGGCUACAGGCUGCUGUAAGUAAUGGGAUUAUCUGGCGUGUAGUCAAAUGGUCUGAGAGAGCGAGAGAAAAAAACUAAAGUCACUUUGCGUGAUUUUAUAAGUUGGACAAGGGGUCGGAUGACGUCCCUCAUUUAUGGGCGAGUAAAAAGCAUGAAACUGAAAAUAUUUAUACAUUCCAAAAUAAACCACGACCGAGCCGAGUUGGCGGGAGCUACGCUCUCAGACGAAGCGGGCGACCACUUCACACAGGCUUUUAUCGCUGAGGUAUCUUUCAGUUGUGCAGCAUUUAAAAACAAAAUAACCUAGAAAUGAUUUAUUAGAGUUAUAACCUUUUAAAGCGCAUCGGUUGUUUUUCCCCCCAUCUGGUUGACGAAACCAUCCACAGUUAAACAUUUUUCAAUUUUCCAAAUCGAACUUUAAAUAUGCAUUUCUCUCCACACACAUGAAGUGAUAAACUGAUGAAUGAUGCAGUUAAAUUAUUACCACAUAGCUUCCAGAUGUUAACCCUGUUUCCUGUUGUAAAAGUUGAACUAAUGAUGUGUAAAUGCCAUCCUUCUGUUUUUUUAUGUAUUAUUUCACUUCUCACGUCUUUAGUUCGUUUCCAGCUGCCUGUAUUAUGUAUCGCAUUUGGUAAUAUGAAAUGCUAUAUGCUAUAUUUGACCUUUCAUUUUAUCUGUUAGUCAGUUCAAAUAUUUCGUGACAAAGUGCUGGAUCAGUUCCUCUUCAGAUGUUGCAAGCUGUGCUGUCACAUUGUAUGAAUAUGCUGGAAAUAAAUGUUAUUUUAAAGAA